AUUAUAUUCCUUCCCGAUAUUGUAAGCAACGAAUUCAUCAACAAUCAACGUUACGAGAGCGAUCGCGAGAGCAGCGUCGGAUCCCCGGAGCCGGCGUCCACGAUGGGAGUGGACGGGAGCACGGAUUUACACAUGGGUGGCCAAAAGGUCCAUUGCAAUAGGGCGGACGAGCCCACGGACACGAAGCUACCGCCGCCGCCGUCUCCCGCAACCUCCGCAGCAGCGGCAGCAGCAGCCGCCGCGACCGCAGCCCAUCUUAAUGGCACAAACCCGAACUCGUUUCUAGGUGACCUGGUCGCUGGCCUGGUGACGCUUCAGAACCUCCAGAAUCUGGCCUCGCUGCAGCAGUCGUUGCCGCAGGUCGCCUCCCUUGCGGCCGGUCUUCAGAGCAUGGCCAACCUUUCGGGAAAUUCCGCAGCAGCCGCUGCCGCCGCCGCCAUAAAUGCACCCCUGAAUCUCAGUGUGGGAGCCUCAGCUACGACUCCAAGAAGUACUCAGAACACAAGCAGCGCGGAGCAGGGAUCCCUUGGCAUGUCCAGCAACGUAAAUAGCCAACAGCAACAACAGCAGCAGCAACAACAACAACAACAUGCCGUCUCGUCCAUCCCGCAGUCGCCUUUGCUAACGUCCCAGCAGCCCGCGCCGAUGCCGCAGUUCAUCCUCGCCUCUGGACAACUCGUGCAAGGAAUCCAAGGAGCGCAACUCCUCAUACCCACAUCUCAAGGUUUAGCUACGCAGACAAUCCUCACCAUCCCCGUGAACCAUGUAAAUAGUAGCGAUCAGAUGGUCAAUCUAGCUUUAAACAAUGGCCAGGUGGUGCAAACUUCCCUGGCGAAUCUUCAGGCGAUGGCGCAGGGUCAGAACAACCUUCUCAACACAGCCAAUCCAACAAUACCGACGUCGAAUGGCAAUGCCAGCAGCAUAGCCCAGUCCCUCCUCAAUCCGGCGACUUUGAGCCACCUGCUGACCAAUGGUUCUGCCCAGCAGCUCUUGCAGUCUCUACCUCAGCUCUUGAGUAACGGACAUCCUGCAGCGCCGCCGCCUCUGCUGAACCCUCUUACGCAACCCCUUCUCACCACCCCGUCUACGCUCCUCUCGACGUCGCUGACGCAGUCACCAACUACUCAAUCCCAUCGGAACCAACAGCACACCAUCCAGACUCAGCUAAAUCCCAACCAUUAUCCGGAGAGCAAACUGCAUCAGCCUUCGAGUCUGAGCGGUCGGACGACUUCUUCGCCCUCGCCUAGCGCCAAUCUCAACCGGAUCAGCACCACCAACGGCGAGCUGACCAUCACUACUUCCCUCGCUCCAAACUCUAGUCAGAAUCUGAAGAGGUCACCCUCACUCUCGCCCAGCUGCAACGACAGUUCGACGGCCGAUCUUCUGAUCGAUUCACCAAACCAGCCGACCAUAAACCAAACGAACAGCAACGUCGUGGACGGCAUAAACCUAGACGAAAUCAAAGACUUUGCCAAAGCUUUCAAACUGAGGAGGCUUUCCUUGGGGUUGACACAGACCCAGGUGGGACAGGCUCUGAGCGUCACCGAGGGUCCGGCCUACAGCCAAAGCGCAAUCUGCAGUGCCCUGGCCUCUCAGAUGUUUGCCGCCGCGCAGCUUUCCUCUCAACAGCAAGCAAUGUUUGAGAAACUGGACAUCACUCCGAAGAGCGCGCAGAAGAUCAAACCGGUGCUCGAGAGAUGGAUGAAAGAAGCUGAGGAUAG